AUGGCUGCAUUUAUUUCUGAGAAUUUUAAAUUUGCUGCACUUUUCUUUAAGAGCAAGGAUGUAAUGAUCUUCAAUGGGCUGAUAGCCCUGGGAACAGUGGCCAGUCAAACAGCAUACAACAUAUUUGCCUUCGAAUGUCCAUGUUCUGCACAGAGAAAUUAUCUGUACGGGUUAGCAGCUAUUGGUGUACCUGCCUUAGCUUUCUUUUUAAUUGGAGUAAUGCUCAAUCGUAGUACCUGGGACCUUGUUUCGGAAUGUCGCAUCAGAAAAUGCCGGAAGUUCUCUGGGGCUGCUGCCUUUGCUCUGCUGGGUUCAAUAAUGGGCCGUGCAGUAGUGGCUCCAGUUACCUGGUCCGUCAUUUCACUCCUUAGAGGAGAGGCCUAUGUUUGUGCGCUUAGUGAAUUUGUGGACCCUCAGUCUUUGGAAAACUUUCCUUCCACUCCCCAAAGCCUAACAAUCAUGGCCCAGUUUCCCUGUAAGGAUGUGCCUGCAGAGCUGCUGCACUUUUGGAAAAACAUCGAACGGAGACUGAAAUAUGAAUCUCAGCUCUUGGGCUGGAUGUUGGUAGCUGUUGUCUCUUUCACUGUAUUCCUGGUGAUGUGUGGAAAGCGUUGCUGCUCUCCCCUGGGCUACCAGCAGGAGGCAUACUGGUCCACCUAUCGAGCCAGCGAGCAAACACUUUUCCAGCGUACUGCUGAAGCUCAUGCCAAGCUCCGUGCUGCUGAGAACAUCAGGACCUUCUUUGGGUUUGUUUCCCUGGAGGAUCAAGAAAAAGGGCUUCUGACAUCAUGUCAUGGGGCAAAACAGGCAAUUUCCAAUUUAGAAUGGAACCAGAUAACAGGAGUUUACUUAUACAGAGAGAAUGAAGGGAUUCCCCUGUACAGUCGGCUCAAUAAAUGGGCCGCUUACACAAUUGGGAACAAUACUGAGGGCUUUGAGAUGGACAUGAUAAGUUAAGGUGUGAAUGCUCGUUGACAAUAAUUGAUUACCAUAUGUUCAUUUCUCGUGGAUAACAGCUGUUCACUAAUAAGAUAUAGUACUUUACUAAACUUUCACUUUGUUUUGUUUGCUCCAGCUGUGCAAAUUUGUUUUUUGUGCUUGCUUUCUUUAUUUUGCUUAAAUUUCAAUAUAAUGAUGCACUACAUGAGAUGCAAACAUAUAUUUUUCCAUUUUUUUUACCUUGAUGAUGGUACGAAUUGUGUGAUACUUCAUCAGAAAUGUAUCUGAACACACAAUACAUACUGAAGCAACUUCUCUGCCAUUUGUAAGACAAUUUUUUUUAAAGGACCCGUAUUUUUUUAAUAUGUGUAUUAUGUGUAUAUUAUGUAUAUUGAAUUCUUUUUUGAUUGCUAGUUAAUAAUGCCCACAUUUGAUAUGGUGUUGAGAAUGUACUGUGUGUGUUAUCUCAGGUAGGCUGCAUGGUGGUACAGUGGGAAGCAUUUCUACCUCACAGCUCUAGGGUCCAGGGUUCAGUGCUGAGCUCUGGAUUCACAAUAGAGUGUCCUGGGUUUGCAUUUCAGGUUCUUCAGUUUCUGCUCACUGUCCCAAACACUUGCAGGUAGAUGGACUGGCUAUGCUAUGUUGUGUGAGUGAGUGAAUAGUGUGAAUGGUGUUCUGCAAUGGACUUGUAUGCCAUCGGGACUGCCAGGAUUGACUCCAGAUUUACCACAAGCCUAACCACAAUAAAGCGAUAUGUAUAGGACAUGUUGGUGUGCUGUCCAGACAACUAUUGUAAAAUACUGUAUGAUACUUCUGAAAAAUAAUGUACAAUAUAUUACAAUAUUUUUUGUUGUAUUUUAUUUGUGCAUUUGUUUUUUUUUUCCAUGAAUAUAAAUCACAUAUAAAUCAAACGUAAGCCUU